CCGUAAACGUUACAGCAAUCUAUCAGCCUGUCGGGACGCAGGCAUAAACUGUGCUACACUGUGCGUACCCAUACAUAUCUUUCCGGAUUCCCUGGUUUAUGUCGACAUAAGCCGUACAUGUGCAUUGUAUACUGCAAUACUCGGGACGGUUAAAGCGGCACCUUGCUGUUUUCAUUUUGCUCUUGCGUGUCACCCUAUGAAUACCCGGCUAAAUCUUCCAGAUCCCAUUAUGUUGCACGGGAUACAUCGUUCGGUAAUUAUAUGUAGCUCGUUCCCAUAGAAAAUACAGAGUGCAUGCUCGUGCCGCAUGCCUGUGAAAAGGCAGCCACGUAUCAUUACGCUUAAAAGCGGCCUUGACCGUUGCGUUGAUGGUGAAUUGGCAUUGGCUGCGGGAGCACGUCAACGCCGCCGUCACUCACUAUCUUACCGUUGACAUCGAAAUCCAGUUGGAAAAAAAUCCCAUCUUCGUUUCUUUCGGUUUUAAUUCAGAAAAUUGGUUAAUGGAUAUCGUCUUAUUGAUCUUGUCGAGCUAGAAUGAUGCAUGCCGGGCUUUCGCUAUUGAUAUGUCCUCAUCUAAUACGCUUGGACGGUUUGGUUUCCGAUGAGAUCUCUUGCUUCCGGCAAUUGGGACGCAGAUUAUUAGCACAAGCACAACGUUGAUCCACGGUUUGCACAAUGAAGAUGAUCGAAAGAUGAAAUGGACCUUUAUUGGAUUACUGCUUACUCAGGCGUUCAUUAUAUUAUGGAAAGCCGCCGAAUCCACUGGAAACAGAACCAGCAAGGUAUUCUGUUCCUAUCGGUUUGGACGCCAGGGCUCUGUGACAUUCGCAUGCAGCGACAACGAAGUAUGCUGUGAUGAUGAAUGCUGUCCGGGUUCGGUGCCGUUCUACAAGCUGUGGUACUUUUGGUUUACGGUAAUUGCCAUUAGCACUUUUUUAUCUGGGAUCACGUACAUCUGCUAUCAACGUUGCAAAAGGUUAAGGGCGGAGGACGAGCUGCUCGCGUCGUCACACCUGCCCAAUUCCGUACCUUUGAGAGAUCUGGGAAUAACGAGCAAUGGACCUGAUUUCCGGCAGUAACCACACUGGGUUUAACCAGAUUAUCCGUUGAUAAUUUAUGACGCUGUGAUGCUGUUGUUCAAAACUCUUCCAAAAGUGCUCGACGUGACAGCACAAAUCUCAUAAGUGAUGCAUUACACCUUUUCCUUUACUAAAUUAUUGUACCGCCUAUAAAGCGUACCGUGUUCCUUUCAGGCACGUGCUAUCAACUUGUUCAAAAGUGUCUUAUUGUCUGUUGUAAUAUUAAAUCGUGGGUUAAAGACUAGAAUUAAACUGUUCUGUGACAAACGAAAAUGACUAAUAUGCAUUUUGAGCGCGAAACCGGCUGUGAGGAAUGCAUUUUUAAU